GUCACUAGUGAAGUGCUUGUUCUAAGUGAGGUAAUUAUGCAAGUAAACAGUUGAAAUAGCAUGAUUGCUCACAGCUUGAGAGUUUGUUUUUGCGCCUCUGUGUGUGUAAAAGAGCAGGCACUUGGCACGUAUUUACACCACUCAUGGAUGCUCUAGUCACUUGGCCUCCAGUCUUCCUUGAUGAAGACAGCCGUGACGCCCAUUAUCCACAGGAAGUCGCUGCUUGUAACACUUGUCUCUGCUGCUGGUCACGAGAAACGCGCUUCCAAUAUUUCUCUUAAACAUAAGGCCAAGACCUGAGCACCACUGCUGAAUCUCCACACUGCACGGCAGGCUGAAGAGAGAGAUGGACAAGCAGGAGUAGUUAGGAAAUCACUUUACUACAACCAAGUAUCAAGAAUGGGUCUUCUGCUUAAUUCAGCAAGAGCAGUAAUUGUGGUUUUGGUUGUGACAUUAGGAAAUGGUUACAUGCCUCAUCUGACACCAUUUUUUUUUCUCUGCAACUAUCAUGGCAAUGUGCAGGAGUUUGGUUUACAGUCUGGAGAAGUGGCCAUUAAAGUAUCAAUUGUUGGAAACCCUGAGUUUUACACACCAGGCCAGUUCUAUGAGGUGAGUCUUACAUCCACCAUGAAUUUUGAUGGCUUACUCCUGACUGGGCUCUACACUGUGUCUGCUGAAGCUGAGUCUCUGUUAGCUUCUAAACAGCCUCAAAGCCCUGGGCUGGUCGGACAAAACCUCAUGUGUUCCAUUGUACACUCUCACAUGAGCCCACAUCCACAGCGACAGCUUUCUUUUGUCUGGAUGGCACCAAAAGAAGGCACAGGCUGUGUCAAAUUUUUAGCCACAGCCACACUUGGUCAGAAUCUGCUUUUCAAAGACACCACUGUUCUGCAAAUUUGUGAGGAGAGCAGUGCAACAUCCUCCCCUGCUCGUCCAGACUUGGCAGAAAUCCACUCUGAUGCCGUCAUAUUUAGAGAAGACUUUGAAGCAACUCCUUCUCUUAAUAGCGAGUUGUGGAUGCAAGGUGCCGGAAUGGAAGUGACAGACAAGUGUGGACCUGUGGUCUAUGGCCAGCAUGCUCACUUCUGCCAGAAGUCCACUCGAGAACUGAUUUCUGUUCCUUUAAAUACAACUUCUGCAAAAGUACUUCAGUUUUCGCUUUCACCAGGAUCAUGCGGUAACACCAGCCAGCAGGAUGGUGACAUUGUUGUGUCCUUUGGAUUAAAGUCUUGCACUCAGUGGAUUGACAUGGAGAGGAUCAGACCACCACUAGAGAGGCAGACAGAGAUUCAUCUUGUGAGUUUACCAUUAAAAGCUAAAGGGGAAGGAAUAUGUUUUAGAUGGAGACAGCUCACAGUCGCUGAAGAAGUAGCAAUGCUGCCACCACCAGCACCAAAUACUCAUUCGGUAGAAGACCAAAAUUCUUCGGUGAUACUUGAACCUGUCACUUUUGCGAUGGUAUUGGCCAAUGAUGACCCAUUUCAAUUAAGUAAGAAGCACUCAGACUUGGGGAGCACCAGGUUUGGAAACAACUUGAAACAACAGAAUGAUGAAGGAGUUGUUGAUGACAGGCCAGCUGAUAGUGAUUAUCUUGGGUGUUGGGGCAUGGACAACGUACUUAUUGUCAACAUGGCAAAGCUCCCAUCACAGCUUGAAGAACAGUUUAAUCCAGUGGACCCCAGCCAGUGGCUAUUCUUUCCUGGUGCUCAGAUUGAGCAUCGAUGCCAGGCAGAGGGGAACGCAUUUGUAUUCAGUGAUAGGAAUCAGUCACAAACAUUUGCUGUCACCCGUGACCUCAACCUAAAUGUGACAUCUCUCAAAGAUGCUGUCUUUCUAGAUCAGUUUGAAUCUGACAGUGACAGUUGGAGCAUUAAAGGUGGUCAUGCUGGGACACAAUGUGGGAUCAUUGCUGAUGGCAAGGCUCUGGUGUUUGACGGUGCUGGCCAAGACAAGCAUGCACGCCAUAUUUCAAUGCAGAAGACAUUGGAAGUGCUCGCUUCUUUUUGGAAUACUUUGAUUGUUAAUGCAGGUAGUGGUAAUUGCUCAGUGCUGGGUUUGGACAAAGCAACCAUUUUACUGCACAUGGAAGAUGAAAAGAAACAGAGUACUGUUCUCAGGAUCUUUCAUCCCAACCACUAUCGUGAGCCCCAGCUGGUCAGUGUUCCUGUGAACUACAGAGGCAAAAGUCCUAGCAUCAGACUGUGCUGGCUUCAGAAGCGACAUGGUGGCCAGCUACAGGAUGUCUGGGCUAUAGACAACGUGCUGCUCCUCCCCACACGGCCCUCACCUUCGUCCCCUGAUGCCAGCCAGACUCUCCAAGCAGCACUCAACCUCAAGUGUGGUCAUUCAACAGAUCCCAUCAGUGUGAGACUAGAGUUUAGUUCUGAUCAUGGGAGGACAUGGGACUUGUUAUAUACCUCCUGCUGGCCAGCUGUAUGUAAUGGCAGAUACUCAUCACUUUCAUCUGAUUGGUCAUCCCUGGAGCUUCAAGGAUGGAAGCGGGUGACACUACCACUGCCAUAUUAUGCCCUGACUCCUUAUGCUCGCUUCCGCUUUAUGCAAGAUGGUGACAUACAGUCUGACUGGGCCUUAGAUGAAAUUUUCAUUGGGCAUUGUCCAGAAAGAUGUAAUGGACAUGGUCAGUGUACUUCACAAGGCUGCCGCUGUGACUUUGACUUCAAAGGUACAACAUGCAAUGAAUCUGUAAUCCCACUUCCAACAAGCAUAUCAGAGGGUUUUGAACACUCAGAAAUUCUUGGCGCUUCACCACUCCUGAGGAUCCAAGGGGCAUCCGUGGGCUACACAUGUGAUGUGCUGGCCAGUGGCAAGGCAUUAGUGUUCGACAAGCCAGGGCCUCGUCUGAUGAUGACCAAGGAAUUAAACACAGUCAACACUAGCUUUCUUCAGUUCUCCAUCAGAGUGGGCAGUCUGUCCUCACAGUCCCUGUGUUCACCUUCCUCCUCCAACACUGAGUCAGUGUUACUAGAGUUCUCCUGUGAUGGGGGAGUCAUCUGGACAUUUCUAAGGGAAUUCUCUACAAAACAGUUUCAAGAGCCAAGAGCUGAAACAAUUGUCUUGCCUCCAGAAGCACAGGCUGCAUCAUGCCAGAUACGAUGGAGACAGGUCGGAGGAGAAGAAGGUGACAGAGCGGUGUGGGCUCUGGAUGAUGUGAUGCUGACAUCCCAGCUGACAAAUACUCUCAAUGUGGACAUGGCCACUCAACCAGAUCUGAGUGAUCGACUCACAGCCAACUUGGGUUCUGUCACACACAGUUACUGUGGUGCGCCACGCAGCAUGACGUUCCUGGGUGAUGAUGAAAAUGGUGAGACACGAUACCUAAUGACUGAAGCCCUUCAGAUAGGUGCAGGCUACAUGCUACAGUUUGACCUGGUGAUGGGGUGUGGCCAGCCCUUCACUGCUAAAAUCAAUAACCAGGUUCAGCUUCAGUACUCUACUGACCAUGGCAUCACUUGGUCACUUGUUGAGGAUCCAUGUUUGCCACCGGAUGUAUGCAAGGAGUACCGUUCAGGCACUAUAUAUGAUGCCACUCAGUUCCCGUAUUGGCGGACAGUUACAAUUCUUCUAUCGCGAGUCAUGUGGUCUGCUCAUACCCGCUUCCGAUGGAUGCAGCAAGAGUGGACAAAAAGAGAUCCAUGGGCAAUCAAACGUGUCUACAUUGGUCCUCAGUGUCCCAGCAUGUGCAGUGGCCAUGGAAAAUGUGACAAUGGUGUGUGCAAAUGUGAACCAGGAUUCAUUGGUGAUGCAUGCAAGCCUCAGAGUGACAUUGAUACCAAUGUUCAUGCGGACUUUGGGAUACGUUACGACCCACAAAAUGACUUCCAAACUAUUCUGGGUGGAGAGGUGGCACACACUGGUGAAGGCUGUGGUAUACUCCUUUCAGGAGAGUCCAUCUAUUUUUACAAGGAUGGUGUGCGUCAACUGGUGACCAAAGAUCUGGACACACAGCAUGCAGAUUUCUUACAAUUUUAUCUGCGCAUUGGAGGUCUUGGCAAAGACAGCUGCAAUGGUGCAGAAAAUCGGAAAGAAUCUGUGUUGCUGCAAUCUUCUGCAGAUGGUGGCAUUACUUGGACGCUUUUAAAAGAACUUCAUCACUUGGAAUACCAACAACCAAAGUCUGUGCACUUGGACUUGCCUAAAGAAGCACGUACAAAGACAACACGCUUUCGAUGGUGGCAGCCAUCACACAGUGGUUUAGGUCAUGAUCAGUGGGCAGUUGAUGAGGUGGUCAUUGGGCGAUAUGAACACCUGGACAAGUUACAGGAUGAUUUCAAUACUGGGGUUGACCCAUUACAUUCUGGACAGUGGCGAACUGUGACAGAAGGUGCAGUUGGCAAGUACUGUCAAUCUAAAAGUCCUUCCCUGAUUCUGGGAAACCAGCACAAUGACAAAUAUGUUAUUUCAAAGGAUCUGGAGCUUUCACCUGGUGAUGUUCUUCAGUUUAAGAUCAAUGUGGGAUGCGGAAAGCAAUUUCGAUGGGACCACCCUGUCAUGCUGCAGUUUAGCCAUGACAACGGUCACAUCUGGCAGCUAGUAGAGGAACCAUGCUACCAACAUCAAGACUGCAGCAACCGCUACACAGAGGGAAGCAUCUACUACACAGGAACCCAUGGUGCCUGGACAUUGGUUGUCAUCCCUCUGAGUAACAAGAUUGUCAUGCAUCCAGUGAUUCUGCGCUGGUGGCAGCCAGGGGGUAUGGCAGACAGUUUUUCUCUUGAUGAUGUGUAUGCUGGUCCCCCUUGUCCCCAAAACUGUUUUCGACGAGGAGUCUGCUUUGAUGGACAUUGUCACUGUGAAGGACUUAAUGGAGAAAAUUCUACUAGUGGAUUAGAAUGCCAAUCAGAUGAACCAAGCCCUCAAGGCAUGCUGGAUCGUUUUGACAACCGCAACAUGCCUACAGCAUACUGGCAGCGAAUUCUUGGAGGCCAUCUUGGCCAUGGAUGUGGCAUUGUUGACUUUGGCAAUUCCUUGUUUUUCGAUGGCGUGGGCACUCGAGAGGCUGUCACAAAGCCUCUGGACACAAGGGAGAAAAGAAUGCUGGAAUUUGUGAUAAAGAUUGGAAGCAAAGAGCACACUGUCACAUGUGGACUUCCAGAGCAUCGAAGUGAAGGAGUGGUUUUGGAUUUCUCAACAGACAACGAGGUCAGCUGGCAAAUUUUAAAGGUUAUUGAACCUAACCUGGGUGAUGAGCUGUCUCAGACUGUCACUCUGGAACUGCCUCAGGCUGCCAAAACCAACAACACCAUUUUUAGAUGGUGGCAGCCUCUGGGACUUGGAGGGAUGCCACGUGCAGGCUGGAGCCUCGACAGCGUCAUAGUUGGUGUUAAUGACACUAGUGCCUUUGGCUUUCAAGAUGAUUUCAGUAGCGUGAACCCUGACCCCUUCACCUGGUUUUUGGCUGAUACAGCUGUGCCACGCAUUACUUGCAAUUCAAAGGGACAUGCUCUUGAAUUUUCAACAAAUAAUGGUAUGCGGUAUGCAGAAACCUGGGAUUAUCAUAUCACCCCAUCAACCUUUCUUCAGUUCGACAUUGCCCUAGGUUGCGGGUCAUUGCAUGGCACUCUCUUUUCUGUCAUGUUGGAGUACUCAGUGAAUAUGGGCAAGACUUGGCACCCAGUUGUGUCGGAAUGCACACCACCCAACUUUCAGUGCAGUGGCUAUCACCUGAGUAGCAGCUAUGUGUCUGAUCAGCAUGCCAACUGGACCCGCAUUACUGUGUACCUACCUUCUGGAGCUGUAUCACCAGCUACAAGAUUUCGAUGGCUGCAGCAGUCGUCACAUCCACGUGGCACAGUCUGGGCCCUAGAUAAUGUGUAUCUAGGUGACAGCUGUCCUUGGCUGUGCUCCGGACAUGGCUACUGUCAAAAUAAUACAUGUGUCUGUGACCCUGACUUCUCUGGCCCAUACUGUGUGCCAGACAAACCUCUGCCCAUGCAGUUGCAGGAUGAUUUCAAUGCUGAUGAACCAGACCACAGUGUCUGGAAAGAAAUCUAUGGAGGUGACACAUCCAAGAUCUGUGGUCAUCUUGUCAGUGGAAAUGCUCUUGUCUUUCACAAGGAUCACACACGACUGGCAGUAACCAGAGACAUAGACACCUCCAUGUUGACUACUGCAGAGUUUUACUUUAAAUAUGGCUGUGAUGGCACACCACCAGACACUGGACAUCACAGAGGCAGUGCGUCUGAAACUGUUGUCAUCACAGGAGGAAGGGAAAGAACCACAACUCCUGCAAGCUCAUCUUCUGCAUGGCCACGUCAUCACAGUGUUGUCUUCCAAUACUCCAGCAACGGUGGCAUCACAUGGAACUUGCUGAAAGAGAUCCAUUAUCCUGAUCCCUCAAGUGUCAGGUUUUUCACAGUCCCCCUGCCAAUGAUGGCAAGAAACAAUGCCACCCGAUUUCGAUUCUGGCAGCCCAAUAGUGCUGGUGAGAUGAAAGCAGCUUGGGCAAUAGACAAUCUCUUCAUCGGGGCUAUGUCUGUAAAUCCUAGUACUUUAACGGAUGAUUUUGAGAUUAAUCGAGUGCCUUCUCCAUGGCUUUUCACCAACAAUGGUCUUCAAGGCCAGUACUGCAAUUUCAAAACACGAGAGGACACAGAAGCAGCUGGAUCAUCUGCCCUUGUGUUUGGGCGAGAAAAUGGUGGAGAGAUGUCUGUAACAACUCGUGAUCUUGAAAUUGGACCAAUGUCAGUGCUGCAAUUUGAUAUUAACGUGGGCUGUGGCACAGAACCCACACACAAGUAUCCAGUGCGACUUGAGUAUUCUGUAGAUGGGGGCAACACAUGGAGCCUGGUGGUCUCUAACUGCGCUGAGGGUAAUCUGGCUCGUUGUUUUGAUGCCUCAUUGCCCGCCACUUUGUAUUAUGGAGGUACAUCCUCCUACUGGCGGCGUGUCAUUGUGCCUCUAGAUAACCUUCAUUUAUGUGGAACAGUCCGCUUCAGGUGGUUCCAAGGCAGCAUACCAGAAAAUGACUUUGGACCUGAGUGGGCUCUAGACAAUGUGUACAUGGGCAUGGCCUGCAUGGACCACUGUCAUGGCCACGGAACAUGCACUGACGGUGGCAUGGCCUGUCUUUGUGACAAAGGAUACUCUGGAACAACGUGUGUGCCUGAUACACCUCUUCCCACCUACCUUAAGGAAGAUUUUUACCAAGAAGAUAAAAGUGGGCCAAAUCGUGGGGAUCUUCAAUUAGGACCAUUACAGCAGAGCAUCCCAGAGUUAAAUAAAGACCGCUGGAGAGUCUGGGCAGGUGGACAAGUAUCACUGCAAUGUGGAGAGAUAUUCAUGGGCACAGGACUUGUGCAGGCACAGGCAGGGGAAAGAGAGCUGACAACAGUGCCACUAGAUCUCACACGUGUCAGCAUGGUGCAGUUCUUUGUGAGGUUGGGAUGUGGACCUGUGGUGGGAACAUCUGCUCCACUGUUCUUACAGUAUUCUGUUAAUGGUGGAGUAAACUGGAUCACAAUUGAGCAAUUUGACUUCAAUGGAGACACCAACGUGGCUAAAUAUAUUGCUGUUCACAUGCCACCUCAUGCACGUACCAAUGCAACACAGGUGCGUUGGUGGCAGCCCUCACGCAGUGGCACGCACACAGAAAACUGGGCUGUUGACCAGAUCUACAUUGGAGGAGAUGUUUAUGGGGAAGAGAUGCUGCAGGAUGAGCCAGAAGCCCCUCGUGACUCCUCCUGGCUCAUGUAUCCUGGUGCCGCUGUGGAUUUAGUGUGUGACUCCUCUGUACAGGCACUACAGUUUGCUGGUGAUGAGCAGAUGCGAUAUGCAAUCUCUGCUGAUGUCAGUGUUGGUACCAGCACCAUUUUGCAGUUUGAUCUGUCCAUGGGGUGUGAAACAUCGGAUCUGUGUUACAAAAUAGAGCUGCAGUUCUCACUAGACAUGGGGCAGACCUGGAGUUUGUUGAUACCUGCUUGCCUCCCUUCAGAUCUGCAUUGUACCGCCUACUACAGUGACAGCAUUUAUGCAUCAGAUUUGCAUUCAGGAUGGAACAGAAUUACUGUGCUCUUGCCAGAGAGUGCUAAGUCUAAAGCUACGCGUUUUCGAUGGCUGCAGGCAGAAGGAUUUUUCAAGAAGGAAUUGUGGGCUCUUGCACAUCUAUACAUUGGUCACAGUUGCCCUGGAUUGUGCAGUGGCCAUGGUCGUUGUCGACAGGAAGCAUGUGUCUGUGAUGAGGGCUGGCAUGGAGAGGACUGUAGCCAGAGAUGGAAAUCGCUACCUAAUCUGCUUACAGAGGACUUCACUGAUGGUUACUCAAAAGAAAAUUGGAUAAAGAUUGUUGGCGCAGACAUUAGAAAACCUUGUCGUAGCCUUUCUUCAGGCAGUGCACUUCAUUUUACAGGAGGCUGCACACGCAUGAUGGUCACACGUGACUUGAACCUCACUAACUCCAUGCUGGUUCAGUUCUACUUCAUGUUUGGCUGCAACACUGCGCCAACCCGUCGGGAUCAGGGCGUCCUGCUAGACUACUCAGCUGAUGGAGGCAUCACCUGGGUGCCUAUGGCUGAGCUCUUCUACAACCUGUACAAAUCUCCCACGUUCAUCAGCAUACAGCUGCCUCAGGGAGCCAAGAAAGACAGCACUCGCUUGCGCUGGUGGCAGCCACAGUAUGGGGGAAGGCAGAUGGCUGACUGGCUUGUAGACAGCAUACGCAUCAAUGGGGAGGAAGUGAAUCCAGCUGAACUUCAAGUCAACUUCACCUCAGCCUUUGACUACCGUGAUGUCAUUUCUGUGGACAAUAUGAAAAUAGAAGAAUACUGUGGACAGAAGUCUGCCGCUGUCGGAAGAACAGAUGGAGAAGUAUCGCAGCUGGUGUUACGUAACGUCAACAUAACUAGAGGCUAUAUGCUACAGUUCUUCAUCAACAUAGGCUGUGGCCAGGCUAGCAACAUCUCUGUGCCACCAGUUGAUCUGCACUACUCCACAGAUCAUGGUGUUUCCUGGCUGCCAUUGUAUCUUCCAUGUGUGGAAGAUGGUGGCACCUGCCUUUUACAGCCCCAAGCUUCAGCAGCCAUGUAUGCUCAUCCCUGGCCUCACUGGGAGCGAAUUAUUGUUCCUUUGUAUGGCUUGCCAACUUCUGAUGCCACACGGUUUCGUUGGCAGCAACAGUCAGCAGGCGGUGCUGAACCUACACACUGGGCACUGAAUGAGUAUGUAGGGCCAGCAUGUGACAACUUCUGUAGUGGGCAUGGCACUUGUUACUACCCCCAUUGUAACUGUGAUGAAGGUUACACAGGCAGGGACUGCAGUCAGAUUAGGAGGGAAGGAAACCCAACACAACUUCGUGAUACAUUCAGCAGUCCUAUUUUGAACACCAGCAGCUGGACUGCAGGACAGGGUGGUCUUAUAACGCAGGCUUGUAGAACACUAGUGGAUGGGACUGCAUUAGUGUUUAAUGGAUCAGGGGUUCGCCAGGCAAUCACUUCUGACCUUGAUCUACGCAAUGCCAGGUUUGUGCUGUACACUGCACUGAUUGGUGGAGACAGUGAUGUGGGCGGAUGUCACAAGCCUCUCUCACGCCAUGAUGAUGUCUUCUUACAGUACUCAGUGGAUGGAGGUUUGUGGUGGCACUUGCUGCAUGUUCUGGAUCACACUCACUAUCUAACCCCUCGCACCGAUUACAUCCCACUGCCUCCAGAGGCUCUUACACCAAGCACACGCCUUCGCUGGUGGCAGGCUCCUGCCCAUGACAACACAAAACGCACCCAGUGGGCCAUAGACAAUGUCCUUGUAGGUGGAACUGUGAUUAACCCUAGCUCCUUCCACCAGUCUUUUGACCUGGAUACCCCACAACAAGACGAUGCAGGUGACUGGGAGUUCCACCCACAAGGCCUGGUGGUGAGUGAUGUGUGUAAGCGCACCAAGAAUGCAAUGACUUGGGCAGAGGAGAGUUCAGGGGAAGGAACUGGGCAACGCAGUUUUACAACAACGCAACUCAUUGUUCAGGCUGGCUAUAUGCUGCAAUUUAAGCUGGUUGUAGGCUGUGGUCAGCACUACAACGCAUGCCAACCUUUGGCUCCUGUUCGGCUUGAGUUGAACAAAAAUCCAGCCACAGACCAGUGGCAGUUAGUGCGUGCACUGUGCCUACCGAGCAGCUGAAAAGCAAGUUAUCUGUCGUCCCAACAUCACCAUGAUGCCAGUGUCUACACUGUGUCACAUCAUCCAAUAUGGAGCCGCAUCACCAUGGAGCUUACAGAAAACACAUUUUCCAGUUCCACUCGCUUCCGCUGGCUACAGGAUGGCCCUGGAGUGCUGACUGCCUGGGCCAUUGAUGACAUCUAUGUGGGAGAGAAAUGUCCACACAUGUGCAGUGGGCGUGGAGACUGUGUUCGAGGGGUCUGUCACUGUGAUCAAGGUUACUUUGGUCCAACCUGUCUCCCUCAACGUACACGCCUCUUAAAACAGAUGUUUGAAAAUUUUGAGGGUGGUAUAUUCUCUGCUCACUGGCAAACAGUGUCUGGAGGUAGUAUUGGCUUUGGUUGUGGUGCAUUGUUACCCUAUGCUCAUGGAAAAACUCUCUACUUCAAUGGCUGUGGUGUGCGUCAGGCCAUCACAGCAGAAAUGGAUACAUCAUAUGCACUCAAGGUAAUCUUUGUACUGCAAAUUGGCUGUCAGGCUCAAACACAUGACUGCAAUGUGCGGCUUGGGGAAGGACCAGACUAUCGUGGUGUUCUGGUGCAGUUUAGUACUAACAUGGGUGCUGAGUGGCAUUUACUAGCACGCCAUGAUCCAAAAGACUUCCUGAGACCUCAGCGGGUGGCCUAUGACUUGCCACCAGAAGCCAAAGCAGUUGGUGUGCAAUUACGCUGGUGGCAGCCAGUCCAUGAUGGAGCAGGCUUUGACCAAUGGGCUAUUGAUCACAUUGAAAUCAUAUCGGGAGCAAGACAGAGCAGCAGACGUUUUUACGCCUAAACAACUACACUGGAGAUACAAGUGAGGGCAAGAACAACAUUGACGGCUGUCUCCCGCCAGACAAAAACUCUUUGUGUGCAUGCGUGUGUGGUUUAACUAACAAAAUUUGAUCAUGUUGACUAAAACUUUUUUCUGCUGUUGGUGAAGUAAACUUAAGGCAUACAUAUUUUAAAGUCUAAUAAAUCUAGCUAUCGGUGUUCUUGCUUCUGUUUUAGAAGAUGCAACAGACACAUCUUUAACCUGUGCACCUUACUGAUGUUAUAAAUGUACUUGUUUCUUAUGCUGCAAAAACUUGUAAUUUUCACUGUCUAAUGUAAUAGAUAUGCAUUUUAUUUACGCAUCACCUGUUUAUUUCCAGCUGCAGGCUUAGCUGGAGACACAAUUGUCAACUCCUAAAAAAAAAAAAUUUAUCUGUUUAAACAUGUUCACAAUAGAAUACAAAUACUUUGUAUUUUGUUCUGGAAUAAAUAUGACACUUGUCUGGGAAA